AUGAGAAGUUUUUCCUUUUUUACAGGAAAGUGCAUCUUACACAAAAGUGCAGCUGAAACAAUGGUCUUUACCACUGAUCAUGUUCUUGCUCUUACACCUGAGAGCAAAGUGAAGUUAGAUAUUCGUGAACCAAUGAGAAUCGUCGCUUGUUCAGUCCCAAGUGACCCAAGCAUGUCUCCAGUUCCUUUUCUAAUGAAAAAUCUGAGUGACGUCAUUGAUUCAGACCGCAAUGUCUUCUUUGAGCGUGGAUACAGUCGGAGAUUUCUAGCUGCUCCUGAAGGCUUCAAUAUCUCAGUUCACAAUACAUUAUGCCAUGCCAACAAUAGUACGCGCCUGCAUUAUCAGCACAACGUAGAAGCGGUUUACUGGAUCAAAGGUCAAGGUGAAUAUGCCUUGCAAACUGGUGCGCAGAAGCACGAGUUUAACCCUGAAAAGCAUCGCGGGACUUUGUUUCUUUUGGAAAACGAUGCGCAUGUGGCCAAGAUUGGCUCCGCUGAUUCCGUAGCAAUCUGCCUGUUUUUCCCUGCGCUAAAGGGAAAUGAGCGUCUCAAGUUUGACCAGGAAUCUGGCUCGUCUUACUAA